CAUUGUGAAAUCAGUGUUCCCGGCUGUUUGUUAGGAGAUCGGUGUACUUUGAAGUGUUUUCGAAACCUCACUGAAUGGGACAUGAUCCUAGAGUGUCACCAGACCAAACUCCUGACAACGUAACUCCACCAUGAAUUUCACGCGACAUCUCUUCGUAAAAUUGCCUUCGUUUUGCCUUACGAAAUCCGCACCCCUAAAAUGGGAUCCAGUUUGUCGUCGCAUUUCGACCAAGUUCCUGCCGCUGAAGCAUUCCCUGGAGCGGGUUCCCCUAUCCCGAACAUGUCCUUGUAUCCGCAGUGUUUCAAACUCUACAAAACUCUUUACAGAGAACAUCAAAGUCAUCCAGAAGAAACGUCCCCUGCGAAAACGAUACACAGAAGAGGAGGACCUCAAGGCUGCCGGCUAUUUCCAGGUUAGAGCAUUUGCGACCGCUGACGAAUAUGAUCUCGAAGCUAUGUUGGCUGCUAUCGAGGAACAGGACCUCUAUGCGGCGAAAAAGUUCUUCUCGACAGACACACUGAGUGCCGUGCAGGACGUCUUGUAUGUCACGGCUAAGUACAAGGUGGGGGAGGAACCGCGUGAUAUUUUUUUCUUCCGUGAUGGCUCCGUGGUUCUGUGGAAUUGCAACGAUUUGGAGAGCAAAAAUGUCCUGAAGUUCAUCAAACCGUACGAGACUGACAGCUACGACGCCCCAAUAAUCCAUGGCGAGAGUGAAAUCAUGCCCUACAACUAUGCUGUGGAGGCAGAGGGUGCCAAGUUCCAAGCAGGGCGGUUUCUAAUAACCAAGGACGAGGAGAACUACCUGGAGAAGUAUACAUUCUCGAACGCGCUAGCCACGUCCAUUAAACUGGGCGUGUGCGAGGCGACCCUUGACCGAUACAUCGACUCUAUGGAGUUUGUGACGGAGGAUCUCAAACGCGGUAGUAAGAUCCGCAUAUCCCGUGGGAAGCUGUUACGAAAAACCGGAGAACUGUUUGCCCUGCGACAUCAGAUAAAUCUUAGCUCUGACCUGUUGGACACACCUGAUUUCUACUGGGAUCGGGAGGAGCUGGAGGCACUGUAUUCGCAGGUGUGCGCAUAUUUCAGCAUUUCGCGACGAACAAAGGUUAUGAAUGAGAAGCUAAACCAUUGCGUGGAGCUAGCGGAAUUGGUCUCACAUGAACUGAAUGACGCUCAUCAUAUCCGAUUGGAGUGGAUGAUCAUUAUCCUGAUUAUGGUGGAAGUCUGUUUUGAGAUUAUUCACUAUGCGGAAAGGUACUGGCCUAGUAGUAGCGAAGCAGAGGAGCGAGAGGGCAAGGCGGUUGCUCAUUGAUUCUUUUGGAGUUUCUUGUAAGGAAGCGAUGCUUUAGUGUUAGGAACAUGUUGUGGAUAGAAAUGUCCUUUCUGCCGAAAUAAAAGUAAGACGUUUUGUU